UAGCAGAGGCUGUGAGCAUGGGGUGUAGCAGCUGCAGAGACAGCAGGCAUGGGAACAGCAGCAGCAGCAAUGGCAGCAACAGCUGCAUCUUCUCUUUAGGUGCAGAGGAUGAAGAUAAAGUAACUGCAACACCGAUUGAAUCAAAAUUCAAGAGAAAUUCUGAGAAUAGCCAGGGAUGAAACCCUGGGUUCCUAUUCCUCAGCCCCAGCCUCAACCCCAGCCCCAGCCCCAAGGAAGACCUGUAGCACAGCCUAAGGGGUUUCAGAAAGGUGGCUAUCACAAGCCCAUAAACCCUCAUUCUCAGCAAAGUGAUGAGAAGUUCUACCAGUGGUCAGACCUUCGAGGGGGCCCUCCACCAUGGCCAAAUCAAUGGGUAGACUACCAGCGGCCAAGCCAUCCAUAUAGACCAAGCGACCAGAAUAGGUCUCAUUCUGGGACUGAGUAUUAUGAAGGUGGUUAUCCCAGUCAGCUAUAUCCCAGGUCAGUAUAUGAGAAUCCAUAUCAGGACCACCCUCCUAAAAGCACAAGGGAAGAAUAUCCCUAUGGAAGUUAUUAUCAUGGACCUUCACAACUGCUGAAAGAAGACCGAGUUCCAAGGCAGGGGAGUCCCCACACUAGACCUGGAGAUCAUAGAGAUCAAAACCCCUACAGUGACUACCAUGAGGAAAGACAGAGCAGCCCGUUUGGAACAAAUGGUGAAAUGCAGUUUUGGUCUAAAAACUAUGAUAAAUACAAGGAAAGCCCCGUUUCUGAUUCUGCCAGGCAAGAAAGACCAGGGGAAGAGGAACUGCCAUAUAGCACCUUGGAAGGGGCCAACACCCAGCUCAAUGAGCUUUCAUCGACCGGUGGAUCUAGUUUGCUCCAGCAAUAUAAGGAGUCGGGUCUUAGCUCCAGCAGCUAUGAGCUCAGCCAGUACAUGUUGGAUCCAUCUGAUCAAUUCGACUCUACACCUUCGAAGACUUGGAGUCCUGUUCAGACAGAAGAUGCAUCAGUUGGUCCUGUGGAUUCCAUGAAGUUCUUCAUCCCUCACACACCUGUGUGCUUUGGACCAGGAGGCCAAUUGAUCGUGGUGUGCCCCAACCAUCCCGCUGAUGGGCAGACAGCACUUGUGGAAGUACACAGUUUGGAGGUUUUCCUUAAUGACACUGAGGAACAAGAGGAGCUAAGAGCUUUCUCAGGACCUCUGAUCAGGGAAGACUUGCACAAGGUGGAUGUGAUGCUGUUUUGCCAGCAGAAGGCAGCUUUGAGUUCCAAGACUGAGAGUCCAAGAGGUAGAGAUUUGGCCCUGCUCUGGAAGCUGCUCAUCCUUCUUUGUCGGCAGAAUGGAUCAAUGGUGGGGUCAGAUGUAGCUGAAUUGUUGAUGCAAGACUGCAAGAACCUAGAGAAGUAUAAAAGACAAGCCCCUGUAGCUAACCUGAUCAACUUGACAGAUGAUGAUUGGCCACUACCAAGCUCCGGGACACCCAACCUGCUUACUGGUGAGAUUCCUCCCAGUGUAGAGACACCCGCCCAGAUUAUCGAGAAGUUCACUAAACUUCUCUUCUAUGGAAGAAAGAAGGAAGCCCUGGAAUGGGCCAUGAGGAACCAUUUGUGGGGUCACGCACUCUUCCUGUCCAGCAAGAUGGACCCAAGGACUUACAGUUGGGUCAUGAGUGGCUUCAUUAGCUCUCUGGCUCUCAACGAUCCCCUUCAGACUCUCUUCCAGCUCAUGUCCGGGAGGAUCCCCCAGGCAGCCAUGUGCUGUGGGGACAAGCAGUGGGGAGACUGGAGGCCACAUCUGGCAGUAAUGCUAUCCAAUCAAGCUGGAGACCCUGAAUUGCAUCAGCGAGCCAUCAUUACCAUGGGUGACACUCUGGCUGGAAAAGGGCUAUUGGAAGCAGCUCACUUCUGCUACCUGAUGGCCCAUAUGCCUUUUGGUCACUACACUGUGAAGACAGACCACCUGGUUUUGCUGGGCAGUAGCCACAGUCAGGAGUUUUUGAAAUUUGCAAACACUGAAGCCAUCCAAAGAACGGAAAUCUUUGAAUACUGUCAGAUGUUGGGACGCCCCAAAUCCUUCAUCCCUUCUUUCCAGGUAUAUAAACUGCUUUAUGCUUCCCGACUGGCAGAUUAUGGUCUCACAUCCCAAGCCUUGCAUUACUGUGAGGGUAUCAGCUCAAUCCUCCUGAGCCAGACCGAGAGCAGCCACCCUGUGCUAUUAGCAGAACUCAUCAAGUUAUCAGAGCAACUGAAGCUGUCAGACCCUCUGCUUUUGGAAAGACGUCAUCGAGGGAAAGAGCAGGAGCCUGCAUGGUUAGUAAAGCUUCGAGAAAAACAAAGGGAACUUAAGUUUGUGAAAAAGGCAGAAGAAGACCUUGGUGAUCCUGAUUUCAUUUACACAGAUAUUUUAAAAGCCAGGCAGUCCACAGCAGAAAACACCCUUCUCCAAGAUCCCUAUCAGGGUCAGGGCUACUCAGAAGCCCUCAGCUAUCCCUCAUCCAUGCAGCUGCCACCUGAGGGAACAGGUCUGAGUCAGCCAGAUCUGCAGCAGCCCCCUCCCUUCCAGCUGGGCCUGAAUCCUGCUGGGGAAGGACCAGCACAUCCAGGAACAUCAGUACCUCUUUAUGCCAGACCAGAGACAACAAUGAUAGUAUCCUCGGUAAUAACACAGCCAGAGGAAGAACAGCAGACAUAUCUACCCCAUGAGGAUAUCCCAGAAUCCCAAAAAUCAUACCAGUAUCAGUAUCCUGAAAUUCAAAAGGCCCCAGUGGCUCCUGGAGUACAAGACAUUUCAGAGACUUCCACCACUUCUUUUGAUGGGGAAAAAGAAAAAUCCUCAGAUGAUGAUGAAAAGCAAACUGUCCAAGAUAAUGUAAAGAGCAAGAAGGAAUCAGAAAAGAAUACAAAGAGCUAUGGAUUUGGAUGGUUUGGCUGGUUUCGAUCAAAGCCUGCUAAGGUGCCUUUUGUGGAAGAGGAUUCCUCUGAUAGCCCCGACUCUGAGGAGACAUCAACCAAAGAUCAAUUUCCCUUGGCUAACACAACCCCUUCCACAUUAUCUACUCCUUUUUUUCUGCCUCACCCAGGUACUGACACUGUUUCCAGAGGUCCAGGUGAGGGUGAAAGAAGAGGAUCUACAAUUAAUACAAAUCUACCUGCAAUGGAGGGUACUCCCCACGUACAUGGUUUCAGUCCCAGUGGUCUACCUCCUCCUCCUCCCAUCUUAAGCAAUGCUGUCCCACUCUAUAAUCCAUCUCAGGUGCCUCAGCUCUCCAUGACUGCGAGCGUGAAUCGGCCAAAUCGCCUAGCUCAGCGGCGCUAUCCCACCCAGUCAUGACCAGAAUAAGUUAGAGCGUUCUUCUUGGACUUCAAGUUUUUCUCCCCCAUAGCCAGGAUACGAGGCAAGGGUGCUGCCUUUACAUCUGGCUUAUUUUCUUAACCUCCUAAUGCCUUGUUCUGCCUUCUUGGGAAGCGAUGGGAGUCCUUAUUACUGGAUCAUUAUCUCCACAAAAGACCCUGCAAGGCCAGGAGAGUGGUCUGGUUCAUUAUUUGUUGAACUGUUUUAGACAAAUGGCGGGGUAUUGCUCUAAAGGGUGUAUUUUUUUGUGUGUAAAAACAGACAAUUAGUGCACUGAAAACUCAGGAAAAUAAGGAUCCACAGAAUCCUUUUUUGGAAUUACUUAUAACACCACUUGACUGAGUUAGGGAAUUCACUAUGGGGAGAAAGAUGAGCAUGUUGGAGAAUAACUUUUUACCUAUACCUAAUUCCUAGGAGUAAGUUCUUAAGAUGUCAUGUGUUAGAGGCAGCUAGGUAAUACGCUGGAUACAACAUUAGGAGGAGCUGAGUUCAAAUCGGCCUCAGAUACUGAGCUGUGUGACUCUGGACAAGUCACUUAACCCUGAUUAUUUCCCCCCUCUAACCCCCGAAAAUAAAAAAGGUAUAAGGAAUACAGAACUAGUCCUGGAGUCAGGAGAAGCUGAAUUCAAAUCUGCCUCAGAUACUG